AUGUUUUAUUUACCAUAGAAGCAGUGCUUUAAAGUUAUAGCUCAGAAGUAACGAAUAAUAAAGCCCUUGAUAUUAUAAGCAAUAUAAUAGAUUGGUCUUAUAUAUUUUUUUGAUCUUUUAGUCUUUAUGGAUAAUUAUAUGAAACUUUAAAGCAAAACAGUAUAACAUUGUUUUAAUUAAAAUUUUAAGGAAUAGCAUUUGAAUUUUGGGGCUUAAUUUAAGUGGAUAUUUAAAUUUAAGUGCUUAUAUAUCAGCUGGGUAUUUUAAAGGUGGAGAGAAUGGAUGGCCAUUUAGAGUUAAUAUUACUUUACAAGAGCUCAAUUUUGCAAUUCAUUCUGUAGAAAUAAAAAUUAUAAUAUAAAUAGCUUAUUAUUAUAAAAAAGGAGAUAAUCCAGGAGUAAGUUUAUGAUGUAUAAUUUUAUUAAUAAUUUUGUGAUCUAAACUAUAAUAUAUAUAAUUUUGACAUGGAUAUUUGGUUGGCAAGUGAUUUUAAAAAAUGAAAAAUUAAAUGUUUUAUUUGGAUGGGAUAAGAAAAACUAUUUGUAACUUUAAAAAAAAUGUUCCUUAAGUUUAUUUAAACUAUAAAAGAUAUCAACUGAAUGA